AAAGGAAGUACCCGGAUGCAGCAGCAUGGCGGAGGGGGCUUCGGGGCCGCGCUCGUUGCGCUUGCUCUGUCUCCAUGGUUACCGCCAGGACGCCGGGAGCUUCCGGGCGCGCAGCGGGGCCCUGCGGAAAGCCUUGCGCGGGCGCGCCGAGCUGCUGUUCGUGGACGCGCCUCACGUGGUAGCCGCACGGCCAGGUGAGGCCAGCCUGUUGGAGCCACUAGACAGCAGUGCUCGCGGCUGGUGGUUCUCCAACCCCCAGGAGGGGACAUUCAGUGCCCUUGAGGAAACCUCGUCUUGCAAAGGACUAGAGGAGUCGCUGGAGGCUGUGGCUGAGGCAUGUGCUGAACACAGCCCCAUCGAUGGGCUGCUGGGCUUUAGCCAGGGCGCAGCACUGGCUGCCCUCAUUUGCGCCCUGAAGCAACGUGGAGACCUCCACUUCCAGUUUGACUUUGCCAUCCUGAUUGCUGGCUUCAAAAGCCGAUCCCUCGAUCACCAGAGCUACUAUCAGGAACCCAUCCAGGUGCCCAGCUUGCAUGUCCUAGGAGAGACGGACCGCGUCAUCCCUGCUGAGAUGAGCCAGGAACUUGCCUCCCACUUUAGUGAACCUUUAUUUCUCACCCACCCAGGGGGGCACUUCGUCCCUGCCUCUGCAGCCCAGAAGAAAACUUACCUGGAAUUCCUGGAUCGGUUUGGGAAGUAA